CGAAACUCUCUGCGAUCGAACCAUUUGCAAGCAAAAAUUGGCAGAGAGAGAGAGAGAGAGAGAGAACCUCUCUCGCUUUCCUUUGACGCUUCCGACCCAUUUCCCUUGCAAUCUUCGUCUUUGUAUUUUCUUCUCUCUCUCUAAACUUCAUUGACCUAACUCUCUCUCUCUCUUAGUAUGGCGUUCCCAGACUCUUCUCGUCGCAACUCUCUGAUCCCGACCUUCCUUUAUUCCUCCUCUUCUUCAUCUCCGAAAACCCUACCUCUGCACAAGAUCCUCAGCUCCGGCGCCGCCGGAGCCGCCUCGCCGCCUUCCGGCAUCGACGGCGGAUCGCGCGGGAGUAGCUUCAUGAUUCCUGCUCCCAGCGAGCCUGGCAAGAUCGAGAUGUACUCGCCGGCGUUCUACGCCGCCUGCACCGUCGGUGGAAUCCUCAGCUGUGGCCUCACUCACAUGGCCGUCACUCCUCUUGAUCUCGUCAAGUGUAACAUGCAGAUUGACCCUGCUAAGUACAAGAGCAUCUCGUCUGGGUUUGGAGUUUUGCUCAAGGAGCAGGGAUUCAAGGGCUUCUUCCGCGGCUGGGUGCCUACCUUGCUCGGUUACAGUGCACAGGGUGCUUGCAAGUUUGGGUUCUAUGAGUUCUUUAAGAAAUAUUAUUCUGAUAUUGCUGGUCCAGAGUAUGCAAGCAAGUACAAGACCUUGAUCUACCUUGCUGGUUCCGCAUCUGCGGAGGUUAUUGCUGAUGUUGCACUCUGCCCCUUUGAGGCUGUGAAGGUCCGUGUCCAAACUCAGCCCGGUUUUGCGAGAGGUCUGUCUGACGGGAUGCCAAAAUUUGUUAAAUCUGAAGGAACCUUAGGGCUCUACAAGGGAUUAGUGCCUCUGUGGGGACGUCAGAUUCCAUACACUAUGAUGAAGUUUGCUUCUUUUGAGACCAUCGUUGAGAUGAUCUAUAAGCAUGCCAUCCCCAGACCAAAGAAUGAGUGCAGCAAAGGUCUGCAACUCGGUGUCAGUUUUGCUGGUGGAUAUAUAGCCGGUGUACUUUGUGCAAUUGUGUCUCAUCCUGCUGAUAAUCUUGUCUCUUUUCUGAACAAUGCCAAAGGAGCAACAGUUGGUGAUGCGGUGAAUAAGAUGGGUUUGAUGGGUCUCUUUACUCGUGGUCUUCCUCUCCGUAUUGUUAUGAUUGGAACACUUACUGGAGCCCAGUGGGGAAUAUACGAUGCAUUCAAAGUCUUUGUGGGACUGCCAACCACUGGUGGUCCUGCUCCUGCUGCUCCUGCCCCUGCUCCUGCUGUUGAGCUUGCAAAGACAUAGAAUGUCUAAUGAUGACACUCGAUUGUUUUUUUAAGAAACUUAGAAAGCCAGCGAAUAGGAACCAUAAAUAAACAGAGGACUGCUGAAGUUGCUUGAGUGGAACUCAAGCUUACUUGGAUAAUAUUCUUUUCAAGUUCAGACAUUGUUUCCAUUCUUGUAUUUGAGUAUUUUAAAUUUUUGGGAGGAUGGUUUUGCUCGCAUCCUUCUUGUUGCUGAAAACUUCGUAGUUAGGAAUGAUAUAAUUUUGCAUGUCAGGGUCUCUACAUGCCUCUGUCAAACGGGAAUACACAUGUUUUCUUGUCCAUGCAUAAGCUUGGACGCAUAUGCAGUGCCUAUAUUGAGUUCAUUUUUACUUCUAGCUAACCUAAGAAAAUUAUUUUUGUUCCUUUUGUUAAAUUACGUUUCUUGUAUUGCCAUCAUCUGCUGUAUUUCAA